AUGCAAACACAGGACUACAAGGGUCAAAAAUUAGCUGAACAGAUUUUUCAAGGAAUCAUUCUUGUCUCUGCAAUAAUUGGUUUCAUCUAUGGCUACAUCACUGAGCAGUUCGGAUGGACCGUCUACAUAGUUAUGGCUGGAUUUGCUUUAUCGUGUUUGCUAACGCUCCCUCCGUGGCCUAUGUACCGCCGCAAUCCUCUGAAGUGGCUCCCUGUCCAAGAGUCAGGAACAGAAGAAAAGAAGCCAGCAGACAGAAAGCCAAAGAGACAUGCUAAAAGCUAA